GACAGAGGUCCUGGACUCCAAGGACACAGUGGGGGUCGGAGUGGGCGUUUAUUUUGGGAGAGAAAAACAGAUAAAGAGUAAGACCAGGAUUAAUGUCCAGGGGUCAGGGAUGUAGGCCUCAGCCUCCCUGGUGGCUCCUUGGCCAGCGACCUUGGCCUGAGUUCUGAGGAGGCUCAGGAAUCCGAGGGGUGUGGAAGGCAAGGUCAGGGGGGCCUGGCAGGGCAGAGUAUACCCUCUCCCCACUGGCCUGGCUGCCACAUUCUUCCAGGGGAUAACAUUGCUGUCCCUGUCUCCACCCCCCAAGGCCCAGGCUGACACCUGCGUCUGGUCCUGUCCUGUCACACCUGCCCACCCACCUCCCCCCUCUGCCAACCUUGCCCAUAGCACCCCACCUUGCCUGGUGCCACCCUGGCCAUCACCUCUUUAGUGUGCUGCAGCCACAGGCAGUUGGUUCCCUGACCAUCCUUCCUAACUAAGGACACCAUGAGUCCAGCCCCCCCCCACCCCUCGGGGCCCAAAAGUGUCUCCCCCCCUCCUUGAGACUAUAUCAUGGCUGAAGGGCUUGAUGCUCCCCACCCCCUCCUGCCACUUACUGAAUAACAUUCCUGAUUGUCCUCCCACCAGCAUCCAGAUCCCACAGCCCCUCCUGUGCACCAGGCUCCCCUAGGCACUGGCACUCAGCAGUAAUCAAGAUAGCUCUGUCCUUGCCCUCAGGACACUGGUCUCUGGUGUAGACAGUGGUCUGGUCUGGUCCCCAGUUGCUCACCACCUUGCCUCCAGGCAGCACUCACCUGGUGUUGCAUACCCAGCAAUCCUUGCAGUCGGCUUAUUAGGAAGGAAUAGUUCCAGCUGUUUCCAGCUAACCCCAGCACUGCCUCUCCAUGGAGCCCGCCUGGGCCUGCUCUGCCCCACCAGCUUCCUACUGGCUAGGCUUCCCCAGGGCUGCAUCUUGGGGCAUUUCUCCUCUCUGCACAGUCCCAUGACGUAUCUGGCCUGGAGGUGCGAGCUCCCUCUGAUCCUCUGACUCCAACUGGAUGUCCAACAGUUAAUUUCUGGGGCUGGCAUCACACCCACAGCUUAAGCUGCUCAGUCCCACAAGACUGCCCCCCACCCCACUUCAGACACCAACCACAAGUCCCCAGCCACCCAUACUUCUGAACAACUGGCUAUAAAUUGGGGUUUCAGACAACCCCCGUAGGUUUGGUAAUUUUCUAGAAUGGCUCACUGUUCAGAAAACCACUUCCAACAGCCAAAGGGAGGAGUUGCAAAGGGCAAGAUAUGGAGACUAGCACAGGGCUUCCCUGCACGCUUUGUGUGCCACCUCCCCAGCACCUCAUGUUUUCACCCAGAUUCUGUUGUUUAGGGGGUUAUGGAUGCUGCAUUCCAUAUAUAUGAUUGAGGAAAUCACUGGCCACUGAUCAAACUCAAGCUCUGCCUAGGAACCGGGACAAAACCCAGAUACUUACACCGUAUUCUCCGUCCCCAGCCCUGAGGUCUGCCUUGGUUCCCCACACCACCUUCCUUCCCCUCCCCAGCCGCUUUUUCAUCUGCUCCUGAAUGCACUCCCCCAGGUUUUUGUCUGGGCAGCUCUUCACAUCUCUUGAUAACAGAUGUCUUCAGAUCUGAAGACCCCUCCUAGCAGCCACCUCCUACAGGCAGCCUGCCCUGACCAGCCCUCCCUCCGAGUUCCCUCCAGCUAGGGAUGCUCUAGUCCACCGGUCACCAACCUUUCGGACCUCAUGGAUCACCAGUGGUCCCGCGGACCACCGGUUGGCGACUGCGGCUGUAGUCCAUUACCAACUUCCCCACCCUUUGAGAGCAAAGCCUGGGGCCAGUCUUAGAGCCCUACCCCCCCAUCCCCACAAGAUCAGGCCCUGACCAUGUUUCCUGCGAAUGUUCCCAGCUAUUCACCUUUUGGGCCAACUCCAGUGGUGGAAACUUUUCAGCCAGAGGAGGCUGCUUGUUUUGGAAAGUUCCUGGGGGAGCAACCCCCGCCUGCCCACCAGGUUCCCACGCUCCCUUAUCACACAGUGCUAGCAGGAUGCAGUGGUGUGCAAGCCUAGCUCCUCCCCAGCCGGCUGGCCGGGUCCUUCCCAUUCCCAUUUCUCCCGUACCCACCCAACAGCCACCCUCCCCAGCCUGGCCCUGCCAAGUCCUGCUACAGCUGGGGAAACAGAACCCGUGGUGUCCCAGGACCCACACCCCCACCCCCCUGUGAGCCGUCAGAGGUCCCCGUGCUUGGCUAUUACUGAGGAAGGAAGGGGAGGCAGCCUGGGCUGGAAGAGUGUCUGGCUUUGAGGUACAGUCCUAGCUCAGUCUCCUGCCUCAGUUUCCCCAGUAGUAUCUCGGACCCAGGGACACCCACCCUCAUAGGCCCAGCAACCCUGUCUUGUAACUGGGGCCUGGUGCUCACCUGCAACCUUAAUGUCCUCUUUUGUGAAAUGGAGCUAAGAGGCUGGGCUCCCUAACAGGCUGUGGUGAGAAGUGAAUCCACACUCCCCGUGCUGGGGCCGGGGUCUUUAGCCCACGUAAUGCCCGCCAGCGCCUGGCGGGGCGGGAAUGAUAGCCUCCUGGGCCGUGCGCUGUAAGGCCUCGAACCCGAGUCCAAGGCCACUGCCGGCUCUCCCCCACCCCCUCCCCAGCGCGGGAGGAGCGAGAGGCGGGGUGAGGGCGGGGCCUCGGCUCUUUUCUUUAGAGUUCGAGCGCCCUGAGCGGUGGCACCGCCUGUCUGAACCGUCUCUGCGCCGGUGAGUGGGGCUCUAGAUGGGGUGCGGGUCCAGGGAAUCAACUGACUCUGCGCUGGUGAGUGGGGCCCCUGGUGGGGUACGGGUCCAGUUAGAGCGUGGUACCCACACGCCAAGGUUGCGGGUCCCUGCCAGGGCACACACAAGAACCAGUCAAUGAAUGCCUCGCUGCGAUGGAGGCUGCAGCACAGUUUGUGGUCGAGAGCCCCGACGUGGUCUACAGCCCCGAGGCCAUCGAGGCGCAGUACGAGUACCGGACGACAAGCGUCAGCCGCGAGGACGGCGUCCUCAAGGUACACCCCUCGGCCACGCGCUUCACCUUCCGGACCGCCCGGGAGGUGCCCCGGCUCGGGGUCAUGCUGGUCGGCUGGGGCGGCAACAACGGCUCCACGCUCACCGCUGCCGUGCUGGCCAAUCGGCUGCGCCUGUCCUGGCCCACCCGCACGGGUCGUAAGGAGGCCAACUACUACGGCUCGCUGACGCAGGCUGGCACCGUUAGCCUGGGCCUCGACGCUGAAGGCAAAGAGGUGUUCGUGCCCCUCCACGCGCUGCUGCCUAUGGUGUCGCCGGACGACCUCGUGUUCGAUGGCUGGGACAUAUCUUCGCUGAAUCUGGCCGAGGCCAUGCGGCGCGCCAAGGUGCUAGAUUGGGGGCUGCAGGAACAGCUGUGGCCGCACAUGGAGACCCUGCGCCCAAGGCCCUCCGUCUACAUCCCAGAGUUCAUCGCAGCUAACCAGAGCGCGCGUGCGGACAACCUCAUCCCUGGCACGCGCGCGCAGCAGCUGGAGCAGAUCCGAAGGGACAUCCGCGACUUCCGGUCCAGCGCGGGGCUGGACAAAGUCAUUGUGCUGUGGACAGCAAACACGGAGCGCUUCUGCGAACUGGUCCCAGGCCUCAAUGACACCGCAGAAAACCUGCUGCGUACCAUUCAGCUAGGUCUGGAGGUGUCACCCUCCACGCUCUUCGCUGUGGCCAGCAUCUUGGAGGGCUGUGCCUUCCUCAAUGGGUCCCCACAGAACACUCUGGUGCCCGGCGCACUCGAGCUGGCCUGGCAGCGCCGUGUGUUUGUGGGCGGAGAUGACUUCAAGUCAGGCCAGACCAAGGUCAAGUCUGUGCUGGUUGACUUCCUUAUCAGCUCGGGCCUCAAGCCCAUGUCCAUCGUGAGCUACAACCACCUGGGCAACAACGACGGGCAGAACCUGUCAGCGCCGCCGCAGUUCCGCUCCAAGGAGGUGUCCAAGAGCAAUGUGGUGGACGACAUGGUGCAGAGCAACCCAGUGCUCUAUGCACCCGGCGAGGAGCCUGACCACUGCGUGGUUAUCAAAUAUGUGCCAUAUGUGGGCGACAGCAAACGCGCAAUGGACGAGUACACUUCAGAGCUGAUGCUGGGCGGCACCAACACGCUGGUGCUGCACAACACCUGCGAGGACUCGCUUCUGGCCGCGCCUAUCAUGCUGGAUCUGGUGCUGCUGACAGAACUGUGCCAGCGCGUGAGCUUCUGUACCGACUCGGACCUGGAACCGCAGGGCUUCCACCCGGUGCUCUCCCUGCUCGGCUUCCUCUUCAAGGCGCCACUGGCUCCACCAGGCAGCCCCGUGAUCAACUCACUCUUCCGACAGCGCAGCUGCAUCGAGAACAUCUUCAGGGCCUGCGUGGGGCUUCCGCCGCAGAACCACAUGCUUCUGGAGCACAAGAUGGAACGCCCCAGCCUCAAGCCCGUGAGGCGUGUGGCCAGUGCCUGCCUCGAGUCUUCCAAGAAAGAAUGGGCACCGUCGGCCGCCAACAACUGUACUGGUGAUGCCAACGGGCACUUGCAGGUUGAGGCACCUUGAUGCACACCACCUGAGGCAGUGGCCAUACAGCUCCCCGCAACUCCUACCCCUCUGCCCCUCUGCAUCCACCCUUCCAGGCCUCCCAAAGACAAUAAAGUCAUUGCCAGUAUCAGCU